AUGAUACGUUUUAUUUUAAUUCAAAAUCGUGCCGGCAAAACUCGUCUCGCAAAAUGGUAUAUGCAGUUAGAUGACACCGAAAAACAGAAGCUGAUCGAGGAAGUACACGCCGUUGUAACCGUCCGCGACGCGAAGCACACAAACUUCGUGGAAUUUCGCAAUUUCAAGAUAGUUUAUCGCCGAUAUGCGGGUCUCUACUUCUGCAUCUGUGUCGACAUCGGCGACAACAACCUGUACUAUUUGGAGGCGAUUCAUAACUUUGUCGAAGUACUCAACGAGUACUUUCACAAUGUUUGCGAGCUUGAUUUAGUAUUCAAUUUUUAUAAGGUGUAUGCGGUCGUCGAUGAAAUGAUGCUCGCGGGUGAAGUUAGGGAAACAAGUCAAACGAAAGUUUUGAAGCAGCUUCUGAUGCUGAAUUCACUAGAAUGA